AUGCCCUUAAAUUUGCUUUCUUUCUUUAAAAUUCACUUUCUUUCUCUCUUCUUUUCUAUCUUUCGUUCUUUUUUCUUGAUAAUUCUUUUCUUUAUUUCGUUCUUUCUUUCUUUCUUUCUUUCUUUCUUUAGAAAGUCGCUCUGUUUGAUUUUUUGUAUCUUUCUUAAGAAUACCUUUUCAUCCUUUUUUUUCGUGAUAAUUCAUCUUUUAUUUGGUAAGAAACAAAUAAUUUUCUUUUUUUUUUAUUCUUUCCUUUUUUUCUUUUUUCUUCAAUUUAAUUUACUUUUUUCUCUCUCUUCAUUUUCUUUAUUUCCUGAUAAUUCCUUUCUUUCUUUCUUUAUUUCUUUGUUUGUUUGUUUGUUUCUUUUUUUCUUUCUUUCUUUCGAAGUCCCUUUGUUUGUUUGUAUCUCUCUUUCAUUCCUAACUUUUUCAUCCUAUUUUGAAAAUCCUAAUUCCGUUUUUUUCUUGUAUUCUUAUAAUAAUACUUUCAAUAUCUAUCUAACCAAUUUUAUUCACCUUUUUCUUUCUUUCAUUCUUUCUUACUUUCUUUCUUUUCUCAUAUUAUUCGUUAUUUCGUUUAUAAUAUACGUUUCUUUUAAUCUAUUUUAUUUCUAUCUAUCUAUCUAUCUAUCUAUCUAUCUGUCUUUUAAAAAAAAAAUCUUUUACAAGUUUUUGUAUUACAAAAUCUUUCUGAUCUAUUUAUCUAUCUAA